GGUUUCAUUCGCGGUUUGCACCUGAGCUCGCUCACAUCUUCUAACGGAUCUCUUGCUCUCCUCAGUGUUUAACUUUGUGUACCUGGUGAAAGAUGAAGAUACUCAGCAGCAGCGGUCGACGAAGCUGGGAUCUUGUCGUCGUCGUCUUCGUUGGCGUCGCUCUGGCAUCGGGGUUCCGUUCCGAAGAUGUGGCCGAAAGUUUCACCAGCAAUGAAAUCGUGCCGGAUGUGAUCGCCGAACCUCCCCAGGCCAUGGUUCAGGUUCUGUUCCCUUCCGGGGCCAAAGUCGAGAUGGGCAAUGAGCUGACACCGACCCAGGUCAAAGACAAACCGAUGCUGGACUGGAAGGUGGACGACGGUGGAACUCUCUACACGUUGAUCCUGACCGAUCCGGAUGCUCCUUCCCGUGCCAAUCCGAAAAUGCGCGAAUGGAAGCACUGGCUGGUGGUCAACAUUCCCGGCGUUGCGGUGUCCAAGGGCACGGUCCUGGCCGAUUUUGUGAGCUCGGCUCCACCCCAAGCUUCCGGGCUGCACCGGUACGUCUUUUUGGUGUACAAACAGCCGGGCAAGAUCAAUCCGGAUGAACCGGUGCUGAGCAAACAUAACCCCAACCGGGCUCAGUUCCAGGCAGCCGAGUUUGCUGAAAAAUACAAUCUCGGAUCCCCGAUAGCCGGCAACUUCUACCAGGCACAGUACGACGACCACGUUCCACAGGUGUACGCAUCGCUCACCGAACAUGAUUGAAGUCCCUGACCCGAUCCAAAUCCGACCUGACCCGAUUCUUGAUCCACCACAGCAGAGAGCUCACAAAUAAGCAUGCAAGCACACUCGAGAACAAGCUUACACUGAGCAGCAGCAGCAACAACAACAACAACAGAUACUCACAAACAACAACCCAAACACAGUGUCCACAGAGAGCUUCAGAACCCACCACCCCAACACUGGUUCCUCAACAACAACAGCAGCAACAACACUUGUUUUGGCACCACUUGGCAAUAGUAAAAAUCACCGUGAAUAAAAAAAAAAGAACUAUAACAACAUAACAUACAAAA